ACUGCCUAGAUGCUGAUACAAGCUCAAAAUGGCUUGACGCGAGCGCCACGCGGGGUGCUUGACGGAAUGUACGGCACGCGAGGAGCUCCUGCUGGUCAAUAAGUUAGGUACUGUGCCCAGCUGUCGUGCUUUCUUGAGCUCAGUCACCCCCAAUUCCUACACUUGGAAUCUUUAGAGCUUCUCCACUAGAACAGUCCUCCUACCAGCAUCAACUCCUUCAUACAUUCCCCAAGAUGCUCUCCAAGGCACUCUCGCUCUUUGCUCUCCUCCCCCUCGCGACAGCCCACUUCGUCCUCAACUGGCCCACAGGGCGCGGCUUCGAUGAUGCAAAUGCUCCCAACUUCCCCUGCGGUGGCUUCGACUCGGUCAAGACCCCGCGGACGGAGUUCCCUAUGAGCGGCGGACCGAUCCAAUUGGAAAUGCACCACACGCAGACCAAUGUCGCUGUCUACAUGGCGCUCGGAGACAACCCCGGCAGCUUCAGCAUCGUCUUGCGCAAUCAGUUCGCUGAGCAAGGCCCGAACAACUUCUGCAUUGGAAUGGUCAGCAUUCCAGAGGGCAUGAACAUCACGGCUGGCACGAAUGCUACGAUCCAGGUCGUCUCGAACGGUGACCCAGAUGGCGGUCUUUACCAGUGUGCCGAUGUCACUCUGACCGAUACCGCCCUCUCUCAGUCUGACUAUGACAGCCACUGCCAGAACAGCACCGGCGUCGAGGUUACGCAGACAGACAUCUCAGGCAACCCCAACGGAACCUCUAGUACUACUGGAAGCGCGACCCCGAGCGGCACUGGAGCAGCUGCAACCGGAGGCAAAGGCACGCCCCGCAGAAAAGUCAAGAAGGUCCACAAGAGCGCCGGUACCGACGACAAGAAGCUGCAGACGGCCCUCAAGAAGCUCAAUGUACAGCCCAUCCAGGCCAUUGAGGAGGUGAACAUGUUCAAGAGCGACGGGAACGUUAUUCACUUCUCGGCACCUAAGGUUCACGCCUCCGUACCCGCCAAUACCUUCGCUAUCUACGGCAACGGUGAGGACAAGGAGCUGACCGAGCUCGUUCCCGGCAUCCUCAACCAACUCGGCCCCGACUCGCUGGCGUCGCUGCGCAAGCUCGCCGAGAAUUUCCAGAGCAUGCAGAAGGAGAAGGGUGAUGAGGACAAGAAGGACGAUGACGAUGACGACGAUAUCCCGGAUCUCGUCGCGGGCGAGAAUUUCGAGUCGAAAGCCGAGGUUGAGUAAGUUCCUCAUCACCGAGGAGGCUAUAUCUGUAGCGCCAUAGCGGGAUAGCUUUAUGGGUGGCCUACAACGUGCAUUUCGAUACGGAGAACUGCGGACGCUACAUACUCCCGUUCAAUCUCUUUCAGUUGGCGGUCGCGGCGGAUCUCAUGUGGCAUGCGGACCGGGCUGGCGUUUAUCUUGAAAAGAUAUGGAAAUGGAAAAGUCCCAGCACAUAAUCAUCCAUCUCGAAUGUGGUCUCGAAUCGUGAUGCUGGGAGACAACAGUCAAGGGGACUAGGCAUAGUUCCUUGCCCAAGCUGAC